AUGUCCAAACGGGCAAAUGAGGCUGCCAGCGGUGAGACGAAAUGGAAGAAAACUUUUAUCCCACUAUUAAUUCUCAUCAUCAUACUAGCGGUGAUCCUCAUCUUUAUUUUAAUUUGCUGCUUCUACUUGAUUGAGGCUGACAGGGUGAUCGACAGCCGAGCAGCCGUAGCCGCAGCUCCAAGAGAGGAGAAA